UCCCGCCCUGUAGCGGAUUGGAGCUACUGUCAAGCGGCCGGGGCAGCCCUAAUGACAACCUUAACCGGAGACUCCAGUUGAAAUCUCCUAAAGGGACUCUAUUGAGCCGGACACCAGCAUGCCGCUUGUUAAGAGGAACAUCGAGCCGCGUCACCUCUGCAGGGGGCCGCUGCCGGAGGGGAUCGGCAGUGAGCUGGACUGCGUCACCAACAACAACCUCUCGGCCAUCAUCCGCCAGCUCAGCAGUCUGAGCAAACACGCAGAGGACAUCUUUGGAGAACUUUUCAAUGAGGCCAACACCUUUCACUUGCGGGCCAACUCCUUGCAGGAUCGUAUUGACAGGCUGGCUGUCAAGGUCACCCAGCUGGACUCUACAGUGGAGGAGGUUUCAUUGCAGGACAUAAACAUGAGGAAGGCAUUUAAAAGCGCUACUGUUCAAGACCAGCAGGUUGUGUCCAAGAGCACCAUACCUAACCCAGUACAGGAGAUAUACAACGUCAGUGACAAACCACCACCCCUCAACAUCCUCUCACCCUACAGGGAUGACCAAAGGGAAGGGAUGGAGUUUUACACUGACCCUUCAUACUUCUUCCAACUUUGGAAGGAAAAAAUGUUGCAGGAUACUGAGGACAAGAGGAAGGAGAAGAGGAGACAGAAGGAGCAGAGGCGGAGCAUGGAUGGCACACUGCCACGGGAGGUGAGGAAGGUAAGGAAGGCACGGAACCGCCGGCAGGAGUGGAACAUGAUGGCGUUUGACAAGGAGCUGCGCCCAGACAAUCGGCACGCUCAUACCCUCCACCGGGGGAUGUCAUCCGAGGGGUCCCUCUCUCCGGAAAACAGAUCGCAUGGGGUAGAUAUCCCAAACUUUUCUCAGACCCUCCCACGCAAUCCCCAUGCCCGUUCAGCCUCUCACUCUUACAUGGAUAGUCACUCCGUGGUCCAGGAGCAUGAGUACCACAGCAUUGCCGUAGGACACAGGGCAGGCGCAUCUAGCCGUCACAAUCAGCCCCUGCCCUUGCCCCCUUCUGCUGAGGGAAUGAAUGGUGUCAUGCCACUCCCGCCAGCGGACUACAGUGUGUCAGCUGCUCAGAUGAUGGAAUGCUCUGGUCGCUCCAAGCCGCUGCCGCCUCCCCCCGCCCCAAUCAUUCCAUCGGCGCAGACCGCCUUUGCCACACCCCUGGGAGGCCCUACUCCAGCCACGCCCUACAUUGAGCCAAUGGCUAUGGGCGGUGACUGUCCCCUCCCACCCCCACCACCUCCUGGAUCUCUGGGAGGUCCAGCUCCCCCAGGACCUCCGCCGCUCCCCCCUGCCGCCUCCCACCCAAAUUCUGCACGGCCCAGCGAGGACAAGAGGCAGGAGGGCCAGCCAGUGAGUGAUGCGCGCAGUGACCUGCUGUCUGCCAUCCGCAUGGGGAUACAGCUAAAGAAAGUUCAGGAACAGCAGGAGCUGCAGGCCAAACGCGAGCCAAUGGGGAAUGAUGUGGCCACCAUCCUGUCCCGCCGAAUCGCGGUCGAGUAUAGCGAUUCUGGUGACGACUCUGAGCUUGACUACAACGAGUGGUCUGACUGAAUCCUCUCUAUAGCAUAGAUGGAUGAUAUCCACACACUGGCCCCAUUAACACUGAGACACACCUUUCCUUCACAAUGAGACCGACACACGCACACAUUUAACUAUUUUCAGGUAAACAGUAGCGAAUAGUGAUCACUGUGACCAGUAGGGAGAAAGGAGUUUAACUUGAAUCAUGGCUGUAAAUAUUUUGUUGUACUACUGAAAAAUGUGUAAAAUCACCCUGGUUAAAUGCAUCCAGCACAAAAAUAAAUGUCAUGUUCAUGUUGAAAAUAGAAAAUUAGAUGUAAACAUUCUAUAAAUAUACCGUUGAACACUGGCAGUAGUAAAUUUUGAAGAAAGGGACAUCAAUACUAGCUAUGAGACAGUAGUAUUAAAAAUGAGGUGAGUAGAGGGCAAUCAUUUCAUUUGAAUAUUUUUUAGACCAGAAGCUUGCUGAAAUGCCAGCCAUUAUGUCGUUUUUGAUUGGCUGUGGGACCUUAGUGGAGAUCAGGGAUAGGAUUCAGGCUGCUACAGAAUAAGAAUCGGGGUCAGUUACCUUGAGGUUGUAGAUAGGGAUGUUGAUUUGGGUGAACGCUAAAUUAACCAAGACAAUCCCUUCACAUACUGUGACAUACAUCAUACAUCAUACCUAUACCUAAGGAGAGAAAUAUUUAGUUAUUCAUGUCUAGUUUUGUUUAAUUAUAGUUUUAUGUUACUAUUCAUGUCCAUGUAGUGGUAAAGGAACUGGGAUUCAAUUCCCAGGUGGGGUACUGUUGUUGCCCUUUUGCAUAAAGUAGCUUGAAUGACUUAAGUAAAUAUCCAAUUGUAUGAAUGGAUUUGUAUAACUAACACUUGCCCUGAAUAAAGAAAUAAACCAUACUAACA